AUGCCAGAGUCAAAGGUCAUCCCGGCCUCGGCCACACCAGUAGCGAAGCCAACAGCCACCUUUACCGGCGAUGUCUACAUGGAACUCAUCAACCGCGACGAGAACGCCGCCAUCGCCAAUGUCACAUUUACCCCGUGCGCUCGGACGCACUGGCACACCCACGUCGGCGGACAGAUGAUUAGAGUGCUGGCUGGCAGCGGCUGGGUUUGCGACAAGGGCGGCGAGGCUAAGCGAAUCAAGGCGGGAGACACUAUUUGGGCUCCCCCGGGCACGACUCAUUGGCACGGGGCCGACGAUGGAAGCAUCCUGACGCAUUUUGUCGUCGGUAUUGGAGAAACGAAGUGGCAUGAGGCUGUCACGGAUGAGGACUACCAAAAGCGAUCGGAGUAG